AGUGUUGUGAGACGUCCUUCGAGGGCGUUUUCAUCUGCAUGCUGCUGAAUGGACCCACUUCACUAAACUUAAAUUAUCACCCGGUCCUUACCUUCAUGCCUAACAUCGGUAAGCCACUAACUUUACUGUGUUACAUGACAAACAGCCUCCUGCUCUUUGAAAUACUGCAUAUAUAUAUAUUUUUCUGUUUGUCUCGCGCUCACGUUACGUUAGCAUCAGCAGGUAGACGUCGUGUUUCAUAAUAGACAGGUUUCUGUGCCCUGACACAAGAACCACCUGAACUUUGACUCCAGCUUAUAACCAUCGAACUAAUACAAUUGCUUGUCAAAUAUAACAUUUUUGUUUGUUUCCAUAAAACUAAAAUAUGAAGUUUGAAGUAAACAUCACUGGCUGAGUCACUUCUCUUGUCAUUCGGUUAAAUGUCAACAUUAAAGAUUUAUCCUUCAUAUCUUUUAUUUAAGCCAAUUGUGUUUAACUGAAUUUUAAAUUUCCAUCAGAUAACUUUAUUUUGCUUUUCAAAAUUUGCACUUCUGCUCAAGAUAUCCACUUUAUGGAAAGUCAGAGGCAGUAUAACUAUGUUUACUAUCCUUAUUGGAAGAAGGAAAUGUUAUCUUGUAGAAAAUACUCCAUUACAUUUUAUAUUGCAAUGCUUAUGAAGAAAAAUGUACUUUAGAUAUCAAAACGUAAGCUAUUGACCUUUAAUGUAGUUGGUGGGUUCCCACAUUUUUAUUCUGGCUAGAAAAAACAUUUAUCUUACAUUGUGCUCUGUUUAUUUCUGUGAUUAGUGCACAGAACCUCACUGAACACACAACAUCAAAAUGCUGCCUAUUAUUCUAAGUAAACAUAAGAAAAAUAUAGUAUAACACUGUCAACGGAAGUAUAUGUCAUUGAAAGAGACGGACCAUACAGCGAUCACAAUCUGUUCAGAAAUAAGUCAUUUCAUCUUAUCAAAUCUAACUUUAAUGGUACAGAUUUACCUUGGGGUGGUAUUCUUGCAAUAGCCUGUUACAUUUUAGACAUAAUAAAUUCUCUUUAACAUUUAUUUAUUACUGUUUGAGCAGUUUUAUGGUGGAGGAGGUCAUAUCAGCGAUAAUAGAAUAAUUUGCAGAGCCUUUAACUGAUGAUGCACAAUAUUAGACAUGUAAUGUUGAUCAUAUACAGUACUUUGUUCUGUGGAGUUGCUGUGUGAAUUACAAAUGUGUCAUAAAUUAGAAAUGUCUUUAAAAGUUGCUCACAGGUUAGAGUUAAAGUAAAUGUGCUGACAGCUAAUGUAGCUUUACCUUAAUUUUCUGUGAACCUCAUCCUGUUCUGAGGUCAGAGGUAACACCGAGACAAAUUAAUGUCAUGUUUAAAUAUGAACCCUGAGUGUUAUUAAAUAGUCAGGGGUUAAUUACUUUUAGUUAGACCGCAGAUUACACCGUGGAUUAGUGUAGUUCUUAAAUGAAACUAAUUAUCAAAAAUGGAUGAAAAUGGAUGAGAAUGCUGUGUACUUAAUAAUGGCCUGAUAAUUCAUGUAUUUCUUUAGGAAAAGGUUUUUAUUUACACUGAUCCAUAUCUUGUUUGUUUUUCUAAUUUCACAGACGACCAACAAUGAAGCCCAACAGUCAAACACUAAAACACAAGUCUUCACAUGACACAGAGAGAGAAUUUGGAGGAACCCUGGGUAAGUCACAGCUGACACAGUGCAGUCACUUCUUAGUGUAUUCAAAAUAUUGAUAUUUACCGGACAAUGAACCCUACAUUUACCACCACAUGUGCUGCAUUUAGAUAAAAGAAUAGCUUUACCCAUUUUAUUGCACUCCUGUCUUAUGUGCAAACUUCCAUUCCAUCGGUCAGUGAUUUCCUGUAGAGAGACUAAUAGCAGACUUUAGACUGGAGGCAAAUUUCCCUGAAAGCCUGGAAACUUCCCUGUAACUUAACAGGAUAGGCAGAGUUUUACUGGAGAUCUUUUUCUGGAAAUACCUGUAAGUCUUUUGCUCAAAGUGCAUUAGUUUGGAGUUUUGAUUAAUGCAUCAGAUUUUAUAGUGCUUUAUCAGACCCUCAAAGUGCUUUACAUUGGAUACAUCAUUCAUUCACUCACACAGUCACACCCUGGUGGUGGUAAAAUGCCUUAGUAGUCACAGCUGCCCUGGGGCAGGCUGAUAGAGACAUGGCUACAGCCUCUCCAACCACCACCAAUCGAGGACACACACUGGGAGCAAGUUAGGAUAAGUGUCUUGGCCGUGGACACAAUGGGCCGACUUGGGAUAGGGGGGAAUCGAACUGCAAACUUUGUAGUCAUUGGACAACUGCUCUACCUCCUGAGCUACUGCUGCCCAAACAGCAGUCCCUAUUUGCAGCACUUUUCAGUCGCUGCAUCUAUAUAUAUAUAUAUAUAUAUAUACUUUUUUAUUUAUUGUAUGUUUGGUUCCAUUAGGCUCCUAACCCUAGUCUGUCAGUCGUCUUUCUCAUAGAGAUAAAUUCCAAACAAUGUUAAAACAGAGGAAAAAAGUUAUUAGCGAACUGUGGGUCAGCAAGCUGCACCACAGGGACCAAUGAUGAGGCAAUGAUUAGACUAGCAAAGCAUAAUGUGGCAAGCUAAAAUUACUCAGCAGCAAAUCAGUAUCAUCAAAUAGGUGUUAAAUUGUUCUCUCAAGCACACCACCUGGGGAAAUCAUCCUUUUAAUUAAUUGUUAAAUAUGUACACAUGAUGAGGCACAUCCAUAGACUGUAUAAAACAUGGAUGUUGUCUCUAUGAUGUCCUCCACUGGUUUCUCAAGCAGAGUUUUGAAGAUUGUUAAAGAAGGUUGCUGAUUCUGACUCGACUCUUGGUUGAUGAAGCAACAAGCAAACAGGCAGAGUGAAGUCAGGCUUUUAGCUUUCUUACCAACAGCCUAUAAACUUAUAAAUAGAUAAAGCUAAUAAGGAUAUUAAUAAUGAUAACUCAAGCCAAUUUCAGUACUGAGUGUUUAAAACUAUAAUCAGUGUGUUUCCCUGUGACCACUGUGGCCUGUUUGCCCUUGUCGCCUAUGUAGUUUGAUGAAUCUCAAGUAUCAUUUUUGAGAGCUGCACGUGUUUAUUAUUAAUGAAUUAAUUGUAUUAAUUGUAUUAAAGAAAGAGAGAGAUAGCAACAUUAACAGCCAACAUAGUAAGGAGCUUUUCAGCUUAUUUACUGAAUGUGACAUGCAAACAUGAUCAUGUUUGUUGUUCCAUUAAAAUACCAAUUAAAGUAUUACACUAAGUUGCCUCUUCAGAUCAUAAAACCACUUACAGGAUAGAAAUUAAUGAGAUAACCGAACUCUGCUGCUCAGAUCAGCAGCUUCACAGUCUGCUCGCUAUCAACAGAACGGCUCUAAUUGAAAAUCUUCACAAACACUGAGUUAGAUUUUAUAUUGAUAUAAGAGAGAAAAAUACAUCACAGCGUGUGUGUGUGUUUGUGUGUGUGUGUGUGUGUGUGUGUGUGUGUGUGUGUGUGUUUGUGUGUGUGUAUGUGCGUGUGUUGGUGUGUGGGUUUCUUUGUACUUCUCCAUCCCCCGCUGUCUCCUUUAAGUUGCGCAUCACAGCCAAUUUGCCCACCAUUUAUUUUAAAAGUAAAAUUAUGUUUUGAAGCUGACAGCUCGGCUCUCAGCAGACCACAGAUCAGACAGUACUCAAGUGAACCACCAGUUUGACAGCUAAUCUAAUUGUUUUACUGCUACCCAGUUAUUUAACCAAAUUUAUGAUUCAGUGUGAUGCUGCUUCACUUUUAUAAUUUCAUUUCAGCUCAGUAAUAUACGUCAGAUUAUUCAGGGACGCCCGGUAUGUCAUCUGAUUUCUAUUUGCUGUCACCUCUCAGGUGCCAUAUGCAUCCCCAUCUUUCUUCCCCUGACGGUGCUGUUCCUGAUCUCUGUGAGUCGAUCCCCUGAAGCCAGUGUCCUCCAGUGGCCCCCUCCCCUGCCCUCCACUGACCAGCUAUGGGACCCUCUGGCUGCUGUGAUUCUGCUGGGUUGGAUCACUCUGCAUGCCCUCCUCUAUCUGAUGCCAAUAGGAAAGGUAUGUUGGAUUCAGAGGCCAUAAGUUUAACAUCAAUAACUGAAAAGAUGCAAAAAGACGCCCAUGCCAGGCAUUUAAGGGGCAUAUUGGAGGUUUUAAUGAUGUUAGCAAUGGUAAAGGUUACAUGAUGGAGAGUUAGGUCUUAGUAUGGGCAAACAUAAUUGAUUGGUACAUAGUAGGGGGCAGUCGAGGUUUCCAUCCACCCUGAAAUGGAGGGAAGAUGAAGAAGCAGCAGUGACAACAUGAAGAGUCUAACAAGACAGAUUUAAACUUGUGUACUAAACUUUAUCAUGGAUUGAAAAAUAAACAUAUGCAUCUUCAAGGGUGCCCAUACAUUACAUUUUAUACUGUCUUACUGUUCUUUUCUCUGUUUUUAACUUACAGCCAACUGGAAAUAUUGAGCACGUCAUUUCAAAAUAAAAGCAUGUUUUUUUACAAUACAUGAAAUUAAGUCACCAAAAUGCAAGGCAGCAAAAGUGUCAGAAUAAAGCAUCAAAAACAGUCGCCUUGAGGCGUGAUCCCUUCUCUGAAGUUUAACACACUUACAUCAGCCUUUACUGCAGUGUGUGGUUGAUGCUGCAGUGUAGAUCAUGUUGGAGGAGAUGACAGAUUAAAGCGAGGGACUCUACAUAUAUUUAUCUCAUAUACAGGAUAAAUACUGAAAUAAAAUUGAUAUCAGGAUUUUUUUUUGGCCACAAUAAUCAUGGCAUGAAAAUAUGAUCUCAUAACAGCAUAACAAUAUAAAUUCUUCUUUUUACAGCCAUUUACCAGCUGAUCAAAAAACCCUAUCCUCACCACGAGAUAAAAUUAUGUCUGAACCAGAAAUAAUUAUAAGCAUGCCAACACACUGUUCAGAUUAGAAACAGGUGUCUUUGUCUGCAGGUGUCUGAAGGACUAGUGCUGAGGGAUGGAACACGUCUGAAAUAUCCCAUAAACGGUAUGUUUCCCUUCUUUUUUAUUUUAUCACUAAAUAUGCUUCUUUAAAUGACAUGCAUCUUCAAAUUUGAGGUGUGAUUUUGUGACCAUGUGUAGUUUAACAGCUUUUUUUUUUAGUUUUUUCAACCAUGAGUAUUGAAGGAUACUUUGCACUGAAGCAUUAUUUUCUAUGUUACUGUACUUUAGAGAGGCUUAAGAAAGCUGCCCUCUGUCUGUAUUUGAGUUUGACUUUGGCUUUUUGUUCCUUCUCACUGAGGUGAAGUUCUACUCUGGCUUUUUAUUUUAAAGUUAAAAUCUAUACACACUGACCCACUAACCUCAUGUAAAAGUUGACUCAAGUUACACAAUUGAAGUUUUACAUCUGACAACUUUUACCUGUCUGCGGGCUGCAGGACUUAGCCCACCUGUGUUUGUGUGUCUCCCUCAGGUUUUCAUAGCCUGUGCAUCAGCGGUGUGUUGCUGCUGUUGUUUCUGGGGCUCGGGGCUCCUCUGGGGUAUCUGUUUGAGUUGCUGUUGCCUCUGGCGAUGAGCUCAGUGGCAUUAUCAUUCCUGUUCUCCAUCUACCUCUACAUCCGCUCCUUUUGGGCUCACUCUCACGCUCUCGCUUUAGGGGGCAACACAGGUGAGAACAAAAGAUCACCGUAAAAAGAGAAUCUCACUGUAAAAUACUGUUCAAGAACUGUUAUCGAUGCUGUACUGUGCAUUUUAAAGCCUUUUUACGGCUUGGUGGAGGGUUUUGGUUUUCCUCUGGGUAAUUAUGUAACAGCCCAGCUCUUCAGGAGCCUACAGGCAUCAGGCAGCAGCUGAACACUCACUUUCAAGCAGUCUGACCUUGCUACACAGGCAAGCUGUGUCCUACUGCAUCCAAAAGACAGAAACUAGAAAGCAUCGAGUAUUGUGAUUCAGCUACGCUCACUGACAAUUAUAUUCAAGCCAGUUUGACCAGAGUGCAGUAUUUUUUCGGCACAUAUACAAAAUGGGUCCCUUUAGGUGUGGUGGUUUAUCUCCACAUUCAUGUAUGAUUUACAGAGGCUUUAGCGACAUGUUAAAGUUCCUGCAAAGCUUUUUUUAAACCUUAGCUCUUUAAAGCCUGACACCACAAAUUAUGGCCAGAAAAUUCAAUUUUUUUUUUGCUGAAAUGUUUAUUUCACUUUCGACUGAAAACCAAAAAAAUCAAAAUGUUCUUAAAAUCUAACAAAUAUAUUUAUUAAGUUAGUUUGUUUCAUACAUUAGUUGUUUUUGGAAACUGAUUAACUUCAAGAGGACAUUUUUAUCAUUUAUCGGACUGUAUUCAGGUGUUUAUUUAGUAAUUUGUUGAUCAUAUUGAUUGAAGUAUAUAAAAGUAUGUAUCAUGUAUGUGCUAAGAGCCACAAGCAUGGCCACACACUAUUUUAGUUUAGUUUUUAAAAAAGUAAACAGGAAGCUUCAGGCUGCCCUCAAUAGUUUCCUUCCCAACAUUAUAGACUCUCAGUCGACCAUCAUGGUUCCUCUUCUUCAUCCAUGUAGAAACAACCAAGAGCAAGCAAAACCCCCUGGGAUAAAUAAACUUUUCUAAUUCUGUUUCUGAGAAGCGAGAAAAUGUUGUGCAAGACAUUCAGGGAAGUGUAAAAAAUACUGAAAAAACAAUCACAAAGUUAAGAUGGAAAGGUGGAAUCUCUUAAGACUGAUGUUAAGGACUGAACGUUAAAAAUGACCAUCGAGCUUCUAAUGAUGCAGACUUUAAUAUUCAAAAAAGACAGAUGGGACUGAGAUUGAUGGUUGUCAAAUAUUAUUAGUUUCAAUGGGAGCUGCACCUUUCCAAAUACAACUUUGCUAUAAUUUUGCUGUCAGUUAUCAUGUGUUUGGAUGACAGAUUGAAUAAAGCUCAGAGACAGAGUUUUACACAUAAAAUACACAAACUUGUUUUCACAGUGUGAGAUUUUGAUGUUAAUGAAAUGUGAUGAUUUGAAAAUGUCAUAAAACCCACAUUUAAUCUCCAAAAGCACAAACACAACAUUUGAGAGGUAGAAACUGAGAAAUUAAACCACUUUUGCAAAUCAAAUGCCCACUUUGAACUUGGUGCCAGAAAGCACUCUGUUUGUCACUUCUUUUUUUAGCAACACUCUCCAAAGUCUAAAUGCUGUAAUUUUCACAGCAGAAUGUUCUCAUUCUCAUUUAAUGUAAUAUUUCUGCCGCUCAACUGUGAAAAGUCUUUGUUGUAGUAUUUUACAUUUCAUAAUGCACAAAUGUUUCCAGUAGGUGACCAGCUGGGACUUCAGUUUGGCCAGUUUAGCAUCUGCACCGCCUUACUGCUAAGCUGUGCUGUUGUAACACAUGCAGGCUGCAAUUUGGCAAGCAGGUCCUUUGUUGACAACAUGUUGUGUAUUUGUACCUGGCUGCAUAUAACAUUUAGCAUGAACUGUGCCAAAUGUGCAGGUUACACAUUCUUUGUGCUUUAAUGCACACCCACAUCCCCCUACCAUCACAGAUGCUGGCUUUUGAACUCUGCACUGAUGAGAAGCCAGGAGGUCUUUCUCUUCUUGAGCUUGCAGGAUGCCAGAUCGGGAUUUUAAAUCUAGACUUGUCCGCAGAACAGUUUUCCUCUUUGCCUCAGUCCAUCUUCAUCACAUAUGGGGCCAGAAAUGGUGACAGAGUGUUGCAGUCUUGCUGAUGUAUGGUUUCCUACAUAUAUAGUGCAAUUUCAACUUGCAUUUGUGAAAACAGUGACAAGAUGCGAGCAUGGAUAACAACUUUUUGAAACAAUUUUGAACCCAUGCAGUGAUUUCUACUCCAGAGCCAUGUCUGUUUCUAAUGCAGAUCUACAUUAGGUCUACAUUUGCCUUGUUCCUUUUUCACACAGAUUUUUCAAGAUCUGAAUCUUAGUAUGAUAUUAUGCACUGUCAACCAUGAAAACCUCAGUCUUUUUUCAGUUGUCUUUAAAACGAUCUCAGUAUUUGUCUUUCACAGUCUUCACAGAUUGAUGAACACCUCCCCAUCUUUUCUUCAGACAGAAUCUGCCUCUCUUUAUACCAAAUCACACUAACUUUUGCCAGUUAACCAAGUUAAUCGUGAGAUAUUCCACCAAAUUUCACAGCUUUUACAGUCUUUUGUUUAACUGUCCCAACUGAACUGAAAUGCGUUGCCAUCAACAAAUUCAGUAUGACCAUGUAAGUGUCAAAAAACAGAAAACUUUCUUUUUCAGCCUUCAAAACUUUUCCUUCAGGUUGCUUUCCAGUAAACUUUGGGUUUCAUUAUUUUCUAAAGCAUUGCAUUCUGUUUUCAUUCCCACUUUACUAGCUAACUUUUUUUAGUAACAGGUUUGUGCUACAGCUAGUUGUUUAUCAACUGACCCCUAUAUGAACCAAGGUCACCUGAAAGUGUGCUAUUCAAUGCAUUGAUUCCUCCUUGUGUCUAGGAAAUCCUCUGUACGACUUCUUCAUUGGACGCGAGCUCAACCCUCGGAUCGGAGACUUUGACCUCAAGUUUUUCUGUGAGCUCAGACCAGGACUGAUCGGCUGGGUGAGUUUACCUGCAAAACUGACAGCUAAUCCACUCUUACACUGAGCCAUGAUUGAAAGAUAUUGACAGAAACAUAGUGUGAAAUGGUUUAUGUUCUGCAUUCACAAACAUAUGUACACCAUGUGAAAUUGUCAAGAGCUGCUCAAGUAAAAACUGGUGGAGGAGUUGCGUUUUCUCCUGGUUUACAUUAACAAUUAAAUAAUCUGACAAAUCAAAACUAAAAUUUUCUAUUUAUACCUGCAAAAAAAGUAUGAAACAUUCUACUUGAAUUGUAAGUAAAACACUAUAGCAAAACAAUGGUUAAAUCAAAAGUCAAACUGAAGGAGUUAAUGACGAAAUAGUCUAAUUAAUUAAAAGUCAGCACUCAUCAUGAUUUACCACAGAUGGCUAACUGUUAAAGGACCAACAGGGGGCGAUGUUGCCCUCCCAUGACUUUACCCUGACACAGAAUGAUGAGCUCCCCCCUGAUGAGCUGACCCGCUGAGACAUCUAACAGAGGAUAAAGAUGUGCAUCAUAAACUGUGUCCAAGCCCUCAGGCCCAGUGAGAAAACAUAAAAAAUGAUGAGACCAGAUUUAGUGAAGUUUCCAAAAUGAUCACAAGAUUCUUGUCAUCUUAAAGACAAACACACAAAGAACAGAAAAUGAUCUGGUUAUGCUGCAAAUGUUGAUUUAAAGAGCCGUUUGUUUGUAGUUUUUGAUCUCCAUGCACAGUAAAAACAGUCAAACCUUUGCUCAUCUGAUUGUUUUCAAGCUAGGUGCGUAGGAGAGGACAGAAAAAGCUCCCACCAACUGACUACAGACAGUGUGUGGGAGAUUUCUGCUUCCUGUCGAAUUUUAAAACAACUUACUUGUAACUUUUAACGUCUCACAUUUGUGUAUCAAAAACCAUCUCAUGCAGUGAUUGUUUACGGUUUAUACCUUUUUUACUGGAUGAAUGAAGAUGAUGGGAUUCAGAGGCACAAACAGAGCUACAGGCCUCUUUUAUAAUGUGAAGUUUCUGAAUCGUUCUGUGUUAUCCAUCCAGAAAUCAUGAGACAGACAAUUCAAGGGUUUUGGUAGUCUUUUAUAAAGAAAAAUAAUCCAGCCCAGCACUCUCAACUGCAGCAAGAUAUAAAACCUCAUAGCAGGCAGAAACUAUGAACAGAACCAAAUUUGCCAUCAGAGACUGUACAGACCUUUAUUACAUUCAAAUCACUCCUAAAAACACACCUUUUAAAACUGGCUUUUAACCUGUAAACUGUUCUUUUAUUCUCUUUCUAUGUUUUGUCUUUUUAACCAUUUACAUUGUUGGUGUAUUACUCCCAAUUGUUCUGUAUGAUAUUUGUGAAGAGUCUUUGAGCACUUGUAAAAGCACGUUAUAAGUAAAAAUGAUUAUUAUUUUUAUUAUCAGCUGUUUUAUUUAAAAAUGUACUUGUAAAGCCAGUGUGUUCAUGGCUUUUUUGUUAAAUAUUUAUUUGUUUCUGUUAAUUUGACCAUUUAUCGUUAAUCUCCUCUUGAUGGUUUCUUUACAGCGUUCACCUCUCCUUGAUUGUUUUCCCCUCCUUGAUUGUUUUCCUCUCAGGUGGUCAUAAACCUCGGCAUGCUGAUGAAAGAGGUGGAGCUCCGAGGGUCCCCCUCACUCGCCAUGAUACUUGUCAACAGUUUCCAGCUGCUGUACGUGGCAGACGCUCUCUGGAACGAGGUGCGGGGAGACUUCCCACCAUGCAUCUCUGUAUUUGUGUCUGUUUUACUUGACUAUACCUCAAUCUGCUGUGACUGUGUCAAAACAGGAGGCAAUUCUGACAACCAUGGACAUAGUUCAUGAUGGUUUCGGCUUUAUGCUGGUCUUCGGGGACCUGGCCUGGGUUCCCUUUACAUAUGGCCUGCAGGCUGCCUUCCUUGUGGUGCACCCACAGACCCUGAGUUCACUUGGAGCAGCAGUUAUAAUAGCACUGAAUGGUAAAUGUCUCUUAAGCUGUUAUAUGCUGAAUGUCAUAGUUUAAGAUGGAGGAGAUGUUAACAGGUUUCUCUUUUCCGUCAGGUAUCGGAUAUUAUAUUUUCAGGAAAUCCAACUCACAAAAGAACCAGUUUAGACGAGAUCCUACACAUCCGAGUGUUGCAAGUCAGUAUUCCCUGCCAAUAUGUUAACCUAAUCAUGAUAAUCUCACCUAUAAUCUUUCACAUCUUUUUUUCAUCUCUUAAUUAAUGAUGCAUGUAUGUAGCAGGAAGAGUGUGGUGUGCAUGUCCUCUGAAUAAGUGUUAUAUUUUCCUCUGAGAUGUCUCAUUUCUCCUUACUCCUCGCAGGACUGGAGACCAUCGCCACAGCAACAGGGAAACGUCUGCUGGUGUCCGGCUGGUGGGGUCUAGUUCGUCAUCCUAAUUACCUCGGUGACCUCCUCAUGGCCCUGGCCUGGUCUCUGCCGUGCGGUGAGACAGCUUUACAGACACAGCACAGCUUGUUUUGCAUGCAGCCCUCACAGAUACAGUUUGUAACGCAGAGAAUCUUCAUUAGAGAGAGAGAUGAUGAGGCCAUAGAUAAGAGAUAUUUUAAUUACAUCCAGCCAUAUCUAACCUGAGAGAAAAAGAUAUGUUGGAUUUUUUAAUGACACAGUUUCUGUCUUUUCACUAUUUCAUGCUCACUGGAACUCAAAUAGACUACAAAACUACUAAAACACAUGCAUAUACUCCCCCCUGUGAAUAUCAGAAUACCUUUAUACAUUUAAAUACAAGAAAACUCCCUCAUCAGAAAUGUCCUGUCAAAGGCAUGGUGCAGAAAGGCAUGUGAUUCUAGGAGGUCUAACAUGAACAGGCCAUGACAAUAAAGGCACUGGUCAAAGGGAUGAUUAGUGUAUUACCCACACAGGAUCAGCUGGACCCCUUAAUUAAGAAACCAGGUGGAGGAUCAGAUCAAAGCCAUAAGCAGGGUCAGCUCAAUGACAAGCUGAUUUAAAUUCAUGGUAAAUUUGCAAUAAUAUAGCAAUUUCUUAUUUAGUUUUCCUAAUGAAUGUAGUGAUUUGGCUAAUUAAUACUAAUAAACUAAGUUUAUGAAGCCUUAAGAUCUAAAUAAAAAAAGUGAGAAAAGAGUGUAAACCUGUUUUCAUCCUGAUGGUCAGCAGGAGGUUACAGCAAAUUUUAUCAAAUUUUCAUAUAACUGAUCUGCAAAAAUACCGCUGUUCAAGUUAAGCUCAUAAGUAAAUGAUCUUACGCUUUCUUCAAUACAGCAUGGUGUUUAUUUUUCAGGUGAGGCGGAUCUUAAAGCAGAGUAGACAUUAUGAAGUUGCUACCUAGCACAGAGUAAGAUGAUUAGUCAGGUUUCAAUUUCAAUCACGAUUACGGUCAUAAAAAUAUGAUAAUCAAGACUGAACAGGAUUGUUUCACCUGCUGUGCUUGCAUGUGCAUUACCCCUCCCCUUAGACAGUCCUCACUUUAACUUCAUCAUCAUGGGCUGAGAUUUGAGUUUGGGAGUGUGAGAAAUUAUGGGCCGCUGUAUCUUCAACAUGUUGUGUACAAACUAUCAUAAAGCUGCAGGUGGAGAGAGGAGAGUAGGGAGAAGAGGCAGGUGUGUGUUUGUACGUGCGUGCGUGUCUACUUGUGUGCGAUAAAAUGUACAUUGUGACAGAGUUCAGGUCCUUUAGUUUUAAUAACAGCAUGAAAUUCCUUCUCUAAAAUCCCUUUAAAAAUUCCUACUCGUGAAACUCGGCCAUUUAGUUUAAAAAACGUUAUCAAAAUUUAGUCAAAGCUUUUAGUGUAGUUAAAAUACUUUUAAUAGUGUUAAAUAUAUUUGUUUGUUUGUUUAUUCAUAUUAUCUGUGCGGUCCUAAUCUAGCAUUGAUAUGUCCCUUUGGCAACCCAUGAAUCAAGAUAGAGGAGUAGGUUAGUGUAUUUAUGUGUAUAUUUUCAUGUUUUGGGCCACCUGGUAACUUUUUGUUAUUUAUUUAUUUAUUUAUUGUUUGUUUGUUUCUGAAAAAUCUGCCUUAAACCAAAAGCUAACAUUAUAACCUUAGAACAACAAAACAAAACAAAACCACACAGCUAAAUGCUGAUAAGCUUCCAAAAACUGUGAAAAAGACAAAUUUGCAAUAAAAUAUUAUUUUCAGUUUGUCGAUUAUUUUUUGUCGGUCUAAAAUGACGGUACAUUGAGUGCUAACUUACUAUCAAGACUUUUCUGUUGAUGAUGUAAAAAGAUUGAAGUCUGAUAUCUAGCUUCAGCCGUUCUUUCCUCUCCUGCUUUCUAAUCAGAUUUUUAUACUGUGUUUAAAGCAACAAAAGGCAGCAACAGUCCAUUAUUUGUUCUCUGUAAGCUGCCUUAUGUUUCUUUCAAAGCUCGCUUCCUAUAGUGGGGACUGUCAGACUUUGGUUCGCACUGACACAUUCUGCUCAUUUGAAUUCUAACUUUCAGUUUCUCGCUGCCUUUGUAAUUGAGAUGUACUGUAGUUUUCUCCAUAAUUGCUGCUGCAAAUGUCACAAACUGCUAAAUUAUGCACUCAAAAAGAAAAAAAACACGCAGACGUGUUCAGGACUGAUGAAAGCUGCUCUGACAAAGUGGAACAACAGUUACAUCAAGACCCUGAGUGAAGGAACAAUGAGUGGAACAAAAAAGGUAUUUUUCUCAGAGACAAUCCAAGUUUCAGUCCCAAAAACUUGACUUGAAUCAACUCUGGGAACAUUAUUAGCUUCACUGAGCUGGUAUUCACCCAAGAGUCUUUGAGAAAUACAGACCGCACCGCUGAGACGUGUUUUGAUGUCAUUCACAUCAUGAGCAUUGAUGUCAGUCGUGAAAGAAAGGUGUUGGUUUUCUUUGCUUCGAUGAUCAUUUGAAUUUCAUAUUCGUGAGUCACACAUGCUUCAUAGUGUUCUUUGACAUUUUGUUGUAUUUAUUUGGUUAUUCAUACCUUUAAUCUCCUGCUGAAUGUCUGUUCAUGUUUUUUCUUUAGGUUUCUCACAUAUUCUGCCGUACUUCUACGUCAUAUACUUCACCAUCUUGUUGAUUCAUCGAGAGGACAGAGAUGAGCGACAAUGCAGAGCCAAAUAUGGACUGGCGUGGGACACCUACUGCAGACGUGUGCCCUACAGGAUCUUCCCUUAUAUAUACUGAGCCACAAGCAGAGGAGCCGGAUGGGACCAAAACUACCACAUCAGUACAACAAGCUGAGCAAUAACUUGAACAAUGCUUUUUUUUAGACGGACAGCUUUAAUUAGGCUUCAUUUGUAAGUUUUCACUUGAUAAAACUAAACACAGCGAUUCAUUAUUUUUAAUUUGUAGUAAUUUGGCUUUUAAAUUUCAGGGGAAUCUGAUGAAGAAAAAGUUUGUCUGUAUUACUUAUUUUCCAGAGUAUAUGCUCACACAGCAGGAAAAAAAAAAUCAGUUUUAGAUAAAGGAGUCUUUUUUAAGAGAAACUAUCUCACUGGAAAUAAUUUAAGAAGGUUUCCAUGUAAAAAAAAAAGUGCCUUCUUACUUAAAAGAUUUUAACAUUUUGUUAGUUUUUUUACAAUUUUCAUUUGUCAUGUUGUGUUGUGUUAUCUGUGACUUUGAAAUAAAUAUAUGACAUGACAACAUACUAAACUUGA